UUUUCGUAUUUUUUAAAUAAUUUCACCCUAAGAAUAGGUGAAGCCCAAAGUGUAUCUUACCCUUUAAAAUAAGCCCAAACCUUCGACGCCUGAACUCCGUCGACCGUUGAACCCAACACCAUUGAUUCCGUCAAGAAGCUGCAGCAUCGCCUGAGAGCUGAAGCCUUUUCCAGUACAAGCCUUUGGCUGAUGCCUGGCGACCCACCGUUAAGCUCCAAGUGAUUCUUUUGUUUAACUAACGCAAAAGAUCGGGAACUUCUGAAUGACGAGAUAUUGAAAAGGGAUGUGGUUAAGGAGCAGAAAUACUGUGAAAUGCUUUGAUGCUGUUACAAAAUUCUCAAGUUCGCAAUGGCUUUCUCCAUCCUGCUCGUAUACAGACAUUUCUUACAAGAAACGAAAAAUGGCACCAUUGCAGGAGCGCAGGAUGAUAGAUCGAUUCAGGCUAUGGGCUAAAGGAGGUGAUGGAGGAAAUGGUUGUUCCAGCUUUCAUCGCAGCCGUCAUGACCGCCGUGGUAGACCUGAUGGUGGGAAUGGUGGAAGAGGUGGUGAUGUGAUCCUAGAAUGUUCCACAUCAGUUUGGGACUUCAGCAGUGUGCAACACCAUGUUAAUGCAAAGAGAGGAGGGCAUGGGGCUCCCAAGAACAUGAUAGGAAGCAGAGGAGCUGACAAGGUUGUUUUAGUACCUGUUGGUACUGUUAUUCAUCUUCUAGAAGGUGAACUUCCCUCUUCAGUUGAGACAAAGUCUUCUGUGCCCUUGGAUCCUUGGGACAUUCCUGGUACACUUGAUUGUGGUUCUCCCGAAUCUUCUCAACAAUCUCCUGCUGCCAGAAGUGGGAAGAUGGAGAAGACAGAAAUUUGUGGUGAAUACCCUGCUCCUUCAAGUAAAGAAACCUUAAAAGCACCAGCUCCUGCUUCACAGUUUGAAGUUUCUCCUCGAUCUUCUAGAAAUAAAUCCCAAAAUGAACCAAAAGCUCAUUGCUUUCACAAGGCACAAGGCUAUAGCGAGUGGGAGGAUUUGGACGACCAGAUGAGUAUGUCUGGACCAGAGUGUGAGGAAGAUUUGGAAGAUACUGAGCAAAUACAAUACAAUUUUGCUGAAUUAACAGAGCCUGGCCAACGAAUAACUGUUGCUCAAGGAGGUGAUGGUGGCUUGGGCAACUUACAUACUGCAAAAGGUUCUAAGAUUUGCGGAGAUACUGACUCAAAUGUAGAAGUUUCUGAUGAUGACGAUCAUGCAGCACUUAAUGUCGGCUUACCUGGUUCUGAGGCCGUUCUAUUACUGGAACUCAAGAGUAUUGCUGAUGUGGGCCUUGUGGGGAUGCCAAAUGCUGGUAAAAGCACACUUCUUGGCGCAUUAUCAAGGGCUAAACCUGUAGUUGGCCAUUAUGCCUUCACUACUUUAAGGCCUAAUCUCGGGAACUUAAAUUAUGACGAUAUUUCCAUUACUGUGGCCGACAUCCCAGGGCUUAUAAGGGGAGCACAUGAAAAUCGAGGCCUAGGACAUGCUUUUUUGCGUCACAUUGAACGAACGAAGGUCUUGGCUUAUGUUGUAGAUUUAGCUGCAGCAAUAGAUGGUAGAAAGGGUAUACCCCCUUGGGAACAACUGAAAGAUUUGAUGUUGGAGCUAGAGUUCUAUCGCUUGGGCCUCUCUGACCGGCCAUCAUUAGUGGUGGCAAACAAAAUUGAUGAGACAGGGGCAGAAGAAGUGUAUGAAGAAUUAAGACAAAGGGUACCUGGUGCCCCUAUUUUCCCAGUUUGUGCUGUUCUGGGAGAAGGAAUACCAGAGCUAAAAGCUGGUCUCAAGAUGCUUGUGAAUGGAGAAGAGUCAUCAAAACUAAAAUUGGAUAGUCUUGUGCUUGAUUAGGCUAUUUUGGAUUUAAUAGAUGGCAGCAGACUUGCCUAGUUCCCUUUCCUCUAUAAUUAUUUUAAAUUAAUAAGAGAAUAAUAGUUAGAUAAUUUUUAGGUGGUGUUUUUUCUUGCCAAUCUAUCGAUAGAUCACUAGUAAUAUAUAUUGUUUGGUUUUGUUUUCAUUCUUAAUUUUCAAUUUUAGUAUUUUCAA